AUGUCGAACAGCAUCGUGGGCACUUUGGCCUCGCCAUGGGUGCUCUUGCUUGUUCCCAUUCUUUACUUUGUGCUUCCAUACCUCCGGAAUUGGAGUCUAUUAAAAGUGCCCGGCCCGCUGCCGGCUGCUCUGACGAAUUUAUGGCUUCUGUACCAAGCCCGGAGGGGACGGCGGUACAAGGCCGUUGACGCACUGCACAAGAAGUACGGCAAGGUGGUUCGAAUCCAACCCAACCAUGUUUCGAUAGCAGACGACAGCGCCAUCAACGCCAUCUACGGACACGGCAACGGAUUCCUGAAGAGUGAAUACUACGACGCCUUUGUCUCGAUCCGCCGCGGUCUGUUCAACACGCGCGACCGCGCCGAACACACGCGCAAGCGUAAAGUCGUCUCGCACACCUUCAGCGCCAAAUCGAUCGGGCAGUUCGAGCAAUACAUCCACGGCAACCUGGAGCUCUUUGUGCGGAAAUGGCGGGACCUGGCCACCAACCGCAGCAACCCGUCGACGGGCUACGCCAGCAUCGACUCUCUGCACUGGUUCAACUACCUGGCCUUCGACAUCAUCGGCGACCUGGCCUUCGGGCAGCCGUUCGGCAUGCUGGAGCGCGAGAAGGACUUUGCCGAGAUCCGCAAAUCGCCCGACGCGCCGCCCCAGACGGCGCCGGCCAUCGAGGUGCUCAACCGGAGGGGUGAAGUCUCGGGCACGCUGGGCUGUCUCCCCGCCCUGAAACCCUACGCCAAAUACCUCCCCGACCCGUUCUUCAGCCAGGGCGUCGAAGCCGUGGAGAACCUUGCCGGAAUCGCGAUCGCGCGGGUCAAGCAACGACUCGAGAACCCCAGCACGGACCGGGUCGACCUGCUCGCGCGGCUGAUGGAGGGCAAGGACGCGCAGGGCCAGCGACUGGGCCGCGAAGAACUCACGGCCGAGGCGCUCACGCAGCUGAUCGCGGGCAGCGACACGACCAGCAACACGGCGUGCGCGAUCCUGUACUACGUCGUGCGCACGCCGGGGGUGCUCGCCAAGCUCCAGGCCGAGCUGGACGCGCACAUCCCCACGGGCGUGCCGCAGUACGAGCAGGUCAAGGAUUUGCCGUACGUCGGCUGGGUCAUCAACGAAACCAUGCGCAUCCACUCGACCAGCUCGCUGGGCCUGCCGCGGGUGACGCCCUUGCCGUCGCCGGAGAACCCGCACCCGAAACCCUUUGAGCUGCUCGGAUACACCUUCCCGCCUGGCACCGUGCUGUCCGUGCCCUCGUACACGAUCCACCACAGCAAGGAGAUCUGGGGCGAUGAUGCCGACGAGUUCGUGCCCGAGCGGUGGAGCGAUGCCCGUCUGACGGCCCGCCAGAAGGAGGCUUUCAUCCCUUUCUCGACGGGCCCGCGCGCCUGCGUCGGCCGCAACGUCGCCGAGAUGGAGCUGAAAUGCAUGGUCGGCACCGUGUUUCGGAACUUUGAGUUCCGUGAUGAACACGUCGGCGAGAUGGAGACCAGGGAAGGGUUCCUGCGCAAACCGCUCGGGUUUAAUGUCGGGAUCAAGGUGAGGAGUAAUGCGUAG